UGUGCCGAGUCGUCGAGAAAUAUUUAGUUUGUCAGCUAUACUCAACUUGUGAUAUACUAUAAUUAUAUAAGUCAAGCAUUCACUUGGAACAUACUUUUAUUUGCAUUCUAAAAUAUCGAACUUCACAAUGGCAUUGACGCUUGUACUGCUCGCCAGUAUCACUACCCUUUUAAUGGCAGUUACAUACUUCUAUUGGCUUCGCAUGAACUUUUGGCGUGCGCGUGGUAUACCACACGACAAGCCCAGUUAUCUAUUUGGCAGUUUCAGUGGUGUCAGCAAGCAAUACAGUUUCGCCGAGAUUGUGCGUUCAAUGUAUCAGCGCUACAAGGGCACUGGCCCCUUCUGCGGUUAUUUCUUCUUUCAGCGACCGGCUGUGAUGGCAUUGGAUAUGCAGCUGGUAAAGAAUAUAUUGAUUAAAGACUUCUCGAACUUCAGCGAUCGCGGUUUAUUUUACAACGAGAAAGACGAUCCGCUGACGGGGCACUUAUUUUUUGCUGAUAGUGCCAAGUGGCAUGUAUUGCAUGGCAAACUAUCGUCGACGUUUACCGAGUCCAAAGUGCGUGGCAUGUUUCCAUGUGUGCGCCAGAAAGCACAGCAAAUGGUAGUUACACUUGGAGAAAUGCUGCAGCGUAAUUCGUGCGUGGAGAUCAAGGAGGUGAUGGGUCGCUACACCACCGAUGUGAUUGGCAAGUGUGCGCUGGGUGUUGAGUGCAAUAGUUUGACCAAUCCGAACGCUGAGUGUCGUACAAUUGGGCGCCGUAUCUUCACCGAUCGGCGCCACGGGUUACUGCUGUCCGGACUGAUGCAGGGGUUUCCGCAAUUGGCGCGUAAGUUACAUAUGGCCACAAUACAUCCGGACAUCGAGAGGUUCUUUAUGCGUUUCGUGCGUGAGAAUGUGGCGUACAGGUUGGAGCACAAGGUGCGCGGCAACGACUUGAUGCAACAGUUGAUGGAGCUGAGUGGCUGUAAGAAAUUAAGGUAUGAUGAAAAUGAUGAAUUUAAGGGUCUGAGUGUGGAGGAGAUGACAGCGCAAGCGUUUUUCUUCUUUGCUGCAGGUUCCGAAAAAUCAUCGUCGACGCUCUCUUUUGCGCUCUAUGAGCUGGCUAUGCAACCGGAGGUACAGGCGCGUUUACGUUGUGAGAUAAAUGAGACGCUGGCUCAACACGACAAUCAACUGACGUAUGAGUGUAUGAAUAAGAUGGCGUAUAUGAAGCAGGUGUUUGCUGAAACCUUACGAAAAUAUCCAAUACUACCGCAUUUGGUUCGUCAAGCUCUAAACGACUACGUCGUACCCGGCUAUCCGAAGUAUGUGAUACCCGCAGGCACGCUGGUAACCAUACCCGUUAUUGCCAUACAUUAUGAUGCCGAAAUCUAUCCGGAUCCCGAGAAGUUCGAUCCGGAACGCUUCACGCCGGAAAUGGUAAGUGCACGUGAGAAGGUCGAGUGGUUGCCUUUCGGCGAUGGUCCGCGCAAGUGCAUUGGCUUUCGUUUCGGCCACAUGGAAAUGCGCGUCGCACUGUGCUAUUUGCUGCAGAAUUUUCACUUCGCACUGUGUACGCAAACCGUGGUGCCCGUGCAGAUCAGCAAGUCCUUCUCAACAAUUCCGAAAAAUGGCAUAUUCUUGAAGGUAGAACGCAUUUAGGGCUUGGAAUGCCCAUGUACAAUAGUUUUAAGAGAGACAAGUAGUAUCUAAGUCAAAAGCAACCAAAACGUCUUUGGAAAAGUAGUUUUAUAUUUUUCUUCAAUCACGUUUUUUAACCAAAAUAAGUUUAUUUGCCAUGAACUUAAUGUGAACUUCCUAAUACCUGUACGUGGGUAUCGAUGUGUGUGUGUAGAGUGUGUUAUAUACACCCUUACAUGCGCUUUGUGUAUUUAUAUUUAGAGUCUGUGCAUCAGAAAAUGUACAACAACUUGAAACUGACUGUGAUUUAAAGCCUGAACUCGUAAUAUUGCUUUCGAAAUUUUCAAAAAUGUUUUUUGAAUUUUUUUUCUAAGCUUUCCUUCUUUCUUAAAUCCGCGACUGCCAGUGUAUUUGUAAUGUCUAAAGAUUCUCAGUUUGUUUUUGCUUAUUUGUCCCCUCAAGAGGAAUGGUAUUUUUGUACCUUCAAUUUCUUAGACACGAAUACGUACUUGGAUUUGGAUUUUAAUGAAGUUUUUUUGUUAAAUAUAAAUUUUUUGGUUGAUGAACAAAAUAUAAAAAUUCCAGAAAAGUUCUUAUUACAACAAAAUUUAUUGUAUUGAAAUAAGAGAAUAAAAAUAGGAGAAUAAAAAAGAAUAAUUCUGACUGUAAA